AUGACUUCACUACUCAACACCACCACGACGGUCAAAACCCUUACUCCACUACCCCCCCACAUAAAGAAGACCGAUGUCCUCUCCCUCCUCCACAAUAAUGAGAGAAUGCUUACCCUCAAUCCACUUCUCAAAUCUUACCAGCAACUGCCCCCGCCUAGCUCUAUCGCAUUCUACAGCCAAGUACCGAACGCCCUCAAACCCUCGAGUACCGCCGAGAUUGAAGCCCUUCCCGUCUUCAGCGUCAUUGAAUCAAGCUCCGCCAGCUCGGAUCAGGCGGAACCAGAAGGCGCGGACACUUGGCGGGGCGGGUGGGCGAAGCGCAUUAUACCAGAUGAAAUUACAUAUGAGACGAGUAUGCAAGCAAAGGACGAUGGGGUGGUGACUAUUACCCACGCACCGAUGGGAGUCCAUAGUGUGACAACGUGGGUUGUGCGGCAGGAGGAGGCGAGGGAUGGCUUAGUGUUGGAGAGCCGAGGAGAUUGCACGAGUAACCGGGUUCUGAUGGCCUUUAUUCGGACCACUUUGCAGGAUAGCUACGACAAGUUGGCGAAGGAUUUUGUGGAGGCGCUGGGGAAGUUGGUUAAUGGGGAGGGAACAGGAGGGGAGAACGACCGCGAGAAGGCCGUGGCUAAAGAAACCCCCACGGGGAAUGCGGAGAUAGACACUGUAAGCUAA